AUGCGCGUGUUUCUAAUCCGACACGGCGAGACUGUUGACAAUGUAGCGAACGUCUAUGGCGGAAGCAGAGACUCGGAGCUCACCAACCAUGGAGUCCAGCAAGCAACCAGGCUUGGCCAGCACUUCGCCGCUUCCGACGUUCGUUUCACGCAUAUACUAUCCUCGCAGCUCAGACGUGCCGUGAAAACGGCAGAGCUGGUGCGCGCGGCCCAGCCGGAGGUUCGAGACGCCCGAAAUAAUGUCGUUUCGCCCGUAGUGAUGCAGCUCAGCGAGCUUGCGGAGCAGGACUUUGGCUCGUAUGAGGGCGUGUCUUUCCUCGCCAGACAGUCUCCCAACAAAGCGUCUGGAAAGGGUCCUCAGCGCACUGUGGACAAGAACGAUCCUGGGUUCGUAGACAUGGAGUCGAAGGAGUCCAUGCAGCGACGUGCGGACGCCUUUUUGGAGCAGCACCUUGUCCCGCUUGUUCGGAAGGAAGCCGCGAUGUCGCCUACCGUCGCAGUCGUAUCUCACGGUGUGAUCCUCUCCGUGUUGUGGAGGAGAUUGCGGAGCCGCCUUCCGUCAGGAAGUGUUACUCUGCACCCAGAAGUGGUGACCAAGUACGGCCCCGUGGACGUCGAAAAGCUCGGCGGCUGGUCCAAUACAGGCUACCUAGAGAUGAACAUCUCCUACAAGCCUAUGCCCAUCUCAGUUCCGGGGACUAUGACUUCCGAGUCAGCUAAAGCCAAAGAAACCAUGUCUGCUCUUGCAGCAGAUAGGCCUGUAACGUCAAACGCCCUCGAAGGGUGGUCCGUCACCGUGUGCGCAGUGAACAGCCGGCAUCACCUCGUUGGCUUGAAGCGGACGGGUGGUGGCGUUGGCUCUGCUCCUCAUGACGACAAGCAGCAGCGUAUCGAUGCGUUCGUCAAACGACGCAAAGUUGAACAGUGA